AUGGCAUAUGUCUUGAUGCCUUCAACAGCUGCUGCUCCAGGCGGGGUCCCUUCCAAGCGAAAGAGCGGCGACGCUGACAACCCAGUCUACCUUGACGACUCCGACCUCGACUCUGGUUGUGACUCCAGUCUUGUGGGCACUUUGCCAACCACGAAGCGGCUCAAGGCUGAGCCCUCAACUGCUACGCUUCUGACACCACCUCCUAGUGCCGAAUCUUCGUCUCGGCGUGGCGCGCGCCGUGAGAGCGACCCACCAGCUCCUCUAGGCUUUCCAGAUAUCGCCUACGAAUCCGACAGCGAGUCCGACACAGAUUCCGACAUCACAGUUGCGUACGUCGUCGAGGCCAUGACCAACGCGCACGGCGAAGUGGAUUUGAACCGCCUCGUCAAGGUCCUAGAUGGAAUGUCGAGAAACACUCACAUGGAAGAGCUCCGGGAAGAAUUGCAGAGGAAACGUAAUCAGCUCGAAGAGUUCAAAGAAUAUGUCGAGGAGUGCGAAGAAGAGUACGUCGAAGCAGGAGUCAACCAUGAUCACCAUCUCCAAGUCUACGAGUCUCUCAAGGCCCUUGGCAACGCGUCCCGCUAUGUUCUGAGGGCCGCACGUAACAACCUGCGCAUUGCGAGGCUUGAACUGGAGCAAGAGCGAGCAGACUUCGAGUGUGUGUGCGAAGGCCAACGUGCUCAUUUCGAUCUUGUGGCAGCGGCUUCGGAGCUAAAGGAUAUCUUUACGCAGUUGUGGGAUAUGUACGAAACAGUGAACACACCUGGUACCAGCACUGCGGUCGCCGACCUCGGCUCGCUUUUCACUGAGUGUGCAUAUGGCUUUCAACUCCGAGUCGCCAUCACCGCCGCCCGUGACAAGGCUGCCUUGGCCGGGGUGGUUCUCGCAGGUGCAUUGGAGUACCUGAGGCUUGACAUUGAUCAGGAUGAAGACCGGGAUGUCUGA